CAUGCGCUUGGACAGGCAGAUGUCAAUGGCGAGGAGGGAAUUCAUUGCUAUUCCCUUGAAGGAAGGGUUCAGCUGCAUGCAGUCUUCCUCUGGCAUUUUGUUGGACUCUCUUCUGUCCUUGCUGCCUCUGUCGACUGCUGGACGUUGUUGUGGACUGUGUUGCUAUUUAAUGCAAUGGGCUGCAUCCAGAGUAUCAGAUGUAAGCCCAAGAGUUUCAGAGACAGUAUCGUCAUCCUGGAGCUGAACGCUUCCAUCGACUCCAACCCCACCAGCAUCGACGAGACAUCCGGCGUGGUCCUGCGCUACCGGACGCCGCACUUCCGAGCGAACGCUCGUAUAUUGGUGCCGCCAGUAGCAGCCAAGGAGACAUGGACCAUCGGGUGGAUCCAAGCCUGUAACCACAUGGAUUUCUUUAAUACGUAUGGGGACAAAGGGAUGUCAAGUUGGGAACUCCCUGACCUGCGUGACGGCAAGAUCCAGGCCAUCAGCGACUCAGACGGUGUCAACUAUCCGUGGUAUGGAAACACUACUGAAACCUGCACCGUCAUAGGCCCCACCAAGAAGGACAGCAAAUUCACUGUCAGCAUGAAUGACAAUUUUUACCCCAGCGUGACCUGGGGAGUGCCCGUCAGUGACAGCAACGUGCCUCAGCUCAGCAGCAUCUUCCGCGACCAGAGCUUUACAACUUGGCUUGUGGCCAUCAAUCAGGCCACCUCAGAGACACUGGUCCUGCAGACGAUCCGCUGGAGGAUGCGGCUCCACAUACAAGUGGAACCAGAGAAGCCACUGGGUCAAAGGGCUGUUCUCAAGGAGCCCGUGGCCCAGGAACAGCCACAGAUCCUGGGCAAGAAUGAGUCCAUCCCCUCCAGCGCCAUGGUCAAGCCCAAUGCCAACGACGCCCAGGUGCUGAUGUGGCGGCCAAAGAAUGGUGACCCCGUGGUUGUCAUCCCACCCAAAUACUGACCUGUUUCCCUGACGUUCACUGACUGGCCUUGGAUACCUUAACAGUAUCAUCUCUUUAUUUCUUUCUUUUAGUCCUGCUCCUCACCAGCUCUCACUGCUUUAACCCUUCUUUAAUAUUUGUUUACCUACAUUAUUUUUGGCCUCUAUAUUCUCUCAUGUUUUAAAAUGAAACCAGCUCUGAGAAGAAAAAAAUCAAAACAAAAGACCAGCUGUUGCUUUGAGGUGCGGGCUUGAUCGUUUUCUAAAGGUACUUUUAAAACUGGAGCGAUAAAAUGCAACUAUUCUACCUUCAGACUUGGUCGGGUCUCACUGUGCUAAAUUGCAAAAAUGAAAGAGAGCAUUUUAUUGAUUUUUUUUUUUUUUUUUACUGUACUGUAUAGUUGUCUGAGCCAAGUGAUGUAAGGUUUGGGAGUUGGGGCGGAUUUAAGUAUUUACAUGACAGUGCGUGUGCACAUGCACAGAUGUCAUGUAUGAGCCCCAGCUGUGUUUUUAUUUAUGGGCUGGAAGAGAAGCACAUUUAAUUGUAUUUGAUGUUAUUGCAGUGUUCUCUACAUGACAAAUUGCAUUGGGUGACAUGCUAGAUUUUAGUACUUUUUACGAAAAAAAAAAAAAACCCCAUGCAAGACAUUCAAUCCAUGCUGCCUUACAUUGACAUUGCUUUCCACUGCAAACUUCUUAGCCUUAAACAAAGUGCAAUGCAGUAUGUGGCAACUCAUUCUGUUCCUUCCGGACUGUUGGCACUGGCACGUGUGGGUUUAGGACAGGAACAAUAGCACAGAAGGAAAAACCCCGGGUCCCAAAUCUAGGCUUGUGUGUUUCAUUAACCUGACAAAACUAUUGUCCUAACAAGUGCAACCAGUAUCAUGUGCAGAUGCAGUUACACAACCGAGCGAGCUAGCUAGCUGAGGUGUGUUUCAAGUGCUUUAUGCAACAGAGGAGAUGCUCUGUGCGGAUGGACAUACAGAGAGGCCAGUCUCAUCAACAGCCCUCAGCACGCACGCACGCACACCCACACACACACACACACACAAAACUAAACAUGCAGUAACAACUUGAGCAUAAAAAAAAUCCACAGCUGACCUCAUUUCACUCAUUUUACUCUGUUAUUAGAGCUCAAUAGCAGAAAGCAACUUCUCCUUUCUUAGUAUCACUCCAUCUCAGGGCCCCUUUUUACUUCCUUCCCUUCUCUCUCUUUUUUCACCCAUCCUGUUGUUGCCUCCUCCUUAUUGCCACAGUGAAUAAGCAUUCGCAUUGCUCACACUGAGCAAUCAAUAAUUAUAUAAAUAAGAGGGGAAAUAACUUUUAAUAAGUGGACGGUGAAAAACAAUAGUCGGUCUUUUUGUGCAAUCUUUUUGUCUUUUCUCUUAUUGUAUUUAUUGUUGCCCCCUUUCUUUAAUACGCCGGCAUCAAUUUUCCUUCCAUAUAAUUGAAUCCAAUCAUUUGUCUUCUAUGUUAACAGACUUUUCUAAUUUUUUUUGUCCCUCCCCCUCAAUCACCUCUAAUCUUUAUCUACACUAGUACUCCUCCUCCCACUCGCUCACUUAUUCACUUCCUCUCCUCUGCCUCACUUUUAUUUUUUUUUAUGUGCUGUUGAGGCUGCAAAGCCAAGCAGGAGGCAUGCGAGUUUGAUGCUCAGUUGGCAUAUAGAUGACCCACUUCUCCAUAGCUCUCACUGCAGAAAUGUGGGGCCUGUCUUUCUUCUUUUCUCCACUGGCACGCACACACACACACACACACACACACACACAAACAAGCAGCUCUGGUCAGCUAAAGAUCAACACUCAAUGAAACGAUGCGUAUUUAACUCCUAAUCUUUGAGAAGCGCUUCAGCUGCAAACUGAAACCUCUUGCAAAAACAUGGAGAUGCAGGCUGAAUUUGGCAUUGGUGGGGUGGGGUUAUUUGCUUAUCAAGGGUAUCCCAAAAGAAAAAAAGAAAAAAAAAAUAUAUAUAUAGGUUGUGUAGACACUUUUUCACUUUUAGAUGUUUGAAACAUCUUGCAGUUUCAUUCCGCCCACCCAGUCUGUGCAUUUGGCACCAACUAAAGAAAUCAUCUGCAUUCAGGUCUGAUCUGCUCAUGUUUUUCACAAAGGUCAGUAGGCUGCUGCUGCUUUGGAGUCUGAGCAUCAUACGGUGUGUACCACAAGACUUGGUCGAGGCCUUCUGUAGCUGUAUUUGAAAUCAACCACUUUGACCUAAGAAAGUAGGUAAACACAAAUGCAAAUAAUGACGUUGAUGACAAUCUGUUCUACUUAGGAGCAGAGCCUUAAUUAAUGUGACGAGUAACAUCUGUGUUUACCUAAAGCAAAGAGCAGGCAGCUGGGUGGGGGGUGCUGAAUAUGAAGGUGACAACAAAUUGGAUCCAUUUAGAUCUUAAUGGCAGCUUAAAAUAACGCUGACAUUUUAGAUGUCAAGUUGAUUCAACUUGUGGCUUGUAGGGAAGGUGAUGCUGCUCAUGUUAUGAACUCACCGACCUCUCUCAAUAUGCAGCCCCUCUGCUCCGUGGACUGCCCCGUAAAGCUGUUUGAUGACCAAUGGACACCGUGGAUGGUACUCAAGCUGGACUACGUGUAAUUUAAUUAAACACUGACACGCAGAGGGGCCCUUACUUUCAGUGUGUAUGUGUGUGUGUGUGUGUGUGUGUGUGCUUUAAAUCCCACUGGAAGGAUUUAGGUGGGAUGAGGAGUUUCACUCAUGUGCUUCUGCUGUUGUUGAAUCAUGACCCUCUCUCGCUCUCUCUUCCCAUUCUCGCUCACACAAAUUUAAGCAGAGGGCAGGGAAGGUUGUGUCCUUGUCAUAAAAAGAGCUCACCCUCUCUCACACACACACACACACACACACACUAUUUCACCCCGAGGCGAAGGAACCAGCCUGGCGUGGUAUCUGUUUGUCACAGCAGUGUCACAUUGGCAGUGAGAACUCAUUUAUCAGCCUGGCACGUGGACCGUCUGAACACAUGCACAAGCCAUAUUCAGCAACACGCCUGUUUACUAGUAAACAGGAAGUGCUUUGCAGCAUGUAAACAUUGUGAUAGCUGUACUGGUAUCAUGAGAAAUUAAAGUACUGAGGUCACUGAGUGGGUGCCUGUCAACUAUCAACAGCAUUUUAUGUAAUAAUGUAGGCAAAGGGCACUAAUUGUCUUCUCUGUGUGUCUCAAUCUAUGAACAUUGUGUAGAUGAAAAUUUGUAACUUCAUAAUUGCUGUAUGUGCUUCCUUGACUAAGCCACAGAAAAACAAAACUACACAUUGUUGUAUUUUUGCUGUACAAAUGAGGAAACAAGUGCCAAAAAAAAUUGGAUAAAGCCAAAACUAUGCAUUGUUUUUAGAGACACGUGAACUCAAAAACCUCUUGGCACUUAAAAACAGAUGUUUUUUGUUUGUUUGUUUGUUUUUUUGGUUGCUUUUAAUUAAAUGCAUGUAGCACA